AUGUUCACAACUAGAGCGGAGCAAAACAAUAUCAAGGCCACUAUUGCCGCUUCCUACGAUAAGCUAUAUAGCCAAUUUAGUUCGGAUGAAUUAAGUGAAAUUGGCAACUAUAAAAUAUCGAAAUUUAUCGGGGAAGGGUCUUUUGGUAAAGUGUACUUAGCCACGCAUAGAUUGACCCAUCAAAAGGUGGUGUUGAAAACCGGCAAUAAAAGGGACCCUAAUGUGGUACGAGAAGUGUUUUAUCAUCGUCAGUUUGAUUUCCCGUAUAUAACCAAACUUUAUGAAGUCAUCGUAACUGAAUCUAGGGUCUGGAUGGUCCUCGAGUAUUGUUCUGGUCAUGAACUUUAUGAACAUUUACUGAAGGAGCAAAGGCUUUCUCUUGAGGAGUCAAAGAAACUUUUUUCGCAGAUAGCUAGUGCUGUUUAUUAUGCUCAUGAAUUGAAAUGUGUUCAUAGAGAUUUGAAAUUAGAGAAUGUUUUAUUGGAUGGGAAUGGUCACGCAAAACUUACAGACUUCGGUUUCACAAGAGAGAUGGCUACAAGGUCGCAGUUAGAGACCAUUUGUGGUACCACGGUGUACAUGGCGCCGGAAUUGAUUGAAAGGAAAUGUUAUGAUGGGUUUAAGGUAGAUAUAUGGUCACUUGGAAUUAUUUUAUAUACGAUGAUCAACGGUUACAUGCCCUUCGACGAGGAUGAUGAUAUCAAAACAAAACUGAAAAUUGUUAACGAUGAACUGGAUUUCAAUCAAGAGUGGAUCUCCGAUGAUGCCAUUGAUCUUAUCCAAGGGAUGCUGCGCAAAAAUCCGAAUGAGAGGAUAUCAUUAGCGCAAGUUCUCUCGCAUCCAUUCCUUCAACCUUGGGGUGUAGUCGCUAAAGAGAAAACUGAUAAGGUGUUGCUGAAACAGCGAGGUGGUCAUGUUCAUUUCCAUUCGAAACAUGAAAAGCGUUUGUUGAAAAGAUUGAAGCAAUGUGGAUUUGAUACUGGUUCUAUCAAAAAUUCUGUCAACAAAAGAAAAUGUGAUUCCUUGAGCGGCUUGUGGUUUUUACUUCUAGAAAGAUACGAACUGAGCGAUGCAAAGGUACCGAAAAGGUCAAAAUCUGUAAUGUCGGUACGAAAAGUUUUCGAAUCAUCUGUAAACAUGGUUAUGGAUGAUAUUUUGGUGACCUCACCUGAAUGUGUUAAAAUUAACUCAUUGAAGAAGAUACUCAGUCGUAAAAGUGUAGAUCAAGAUGUUGAGCUGCCUCAGACUAUUGAAGAUGUGAAAGUACGAACGCAACCCAAGGACAGGAAAGCUGCUGAACCGGAGUCAAUACAUCCAGCUGAUACAACAAACAAAAAGAAAGGGUUUCUACAACGAGUUUCUUCUCUUUUCAAACCCAAAAAGCAUAACAAUCAUGUCGAUGAUAAUCAGUCAAUAAAAUUUUCUUCCCAAGGCAUACACCCGUUGCUAGGCAAAAAACGACACAAAAAUGGAUCGAAUGACUCAGAAGCGCCUUCCAUCUCUCAAUCAACUAAGCCACCUCCUGAACAGGAAGACCUCAACGUCCAAUUUGAAGAUAUAACUAAUAAGGCUAAUCACAGUUUUAAGAAGUUGAAAUCACAUUCAUCAAGUGAGAUUUCCAAGAACAUUAACGAGCCUCAGUUGAAUCAUUUACACAUUGAUGGAGGAACUGAAGAUUCACUGAAAAUAUCAAACAACAGGGGUAUCAGGCGGUCCUCCAUUGCCUCGCAGCAUUCAGCCAUUUCAAAUGAUACGUUCAACUCUGACUACUCUACUGAUGCUCAAUCGGGGUUCAGAUCUAACAACACUCAAUCUUCAAGUAGGAUCAACGCAAAUUCAGAAACUUCAGCAGCCACUCGGAAGAAUGUACGAAGAACGUUGAGUGUAUUAUCUAGUGCAUCUAGUAACUCAGAGAUGAGUUCAAGAACUGACUCUUUCUAUGAUAUAACGACUGCUUCCUCGCCAAUGAAUAUGGAUAUCCGUUCAAAUUACAACAUUCGAUCGGAUUCUCAGUUCCCUAAAAUUAAUGGUAACUCUCCAUGGCUGAUCAAAAGAGGAAAAUCUCCGAUAGGAAGGCGUAGCCGAAUAUCUAAUCGUUCUUUAAACAGGAAAUUCAGGCAGCCAACUCCCAAUAGAGCUGAUUCUGUUAUUCAAGAAGAGAGCUCUUUCGAUGAAAAUGAACGCGCUUCUAAUUUACCAGAGGUAAGCGAGUAUGAUAGUGGUGAAAUUGCCAUUCACAGCGACAGUGAGACACCUUCAAAAGGAAAUACUCCGCUGUAUGCUAUUGGGAUUAAUCACCCGGAAUCCAGACCUGUUUUGUUCAACGUUGGCAGAUCUGUAAGUGAUGGUAGCAGCUGGUCACAUCCUCAGUCGGAUUUCCAUGAACCGUUGAGUGCUCCAGUAAUUCGAAAAAGUUCUCGACGUCAUGUAGAGGAUGAUGACUAUGAGUCUAAUAUUGCAGCUGAUGACGAAGACAAUUCUUUGGAGGAUGAGGAACAAGAACACGUAAGAUCAAUAGCCGAAUCGGUCUAA